AUGGUGGGAUAGAUGGGGAUGUUUUUCAUCAUGGCGGCAUCCAUUUCGGGCUAUACUUUUAGUUCUGUGUGUUAUCACAGUGCUAACAGCAACUCUGAUCAUGUAAGUACCGGGAACAUUUUAAUGAAUUAGAAGAGAGUGCAUACAUUUGUGUAAUUGCAGCUUGGGUGUAUAUUUGGUGUGUUUCCCAGUGUCAUCUUCCUGUUGCUAGCUAACGUUAGCUAGUAGUUAGCUAGCUACGUGCAAUCACUACAGCAGGACAUUUGCUAAUUUACAACAACAUUGAUGUAUUUAUAUGUAGCUAAUGCUAGUUAGUUGGCUAACAAUAUUACGAAAAUGUGCAAUUGCAUCACCUGCACAUCAUCCAUUACAAAUUAGCUAGCUAACGUUAUGUCACAGAUAGCACAAGUUGCAUAUAUUGGUUAUGUCAUCAUCAGAAAGGUAGAGCUAGCUACAUAUAUUGUUUUCCGCACUAGCUAGCUGGCUGAUGUACUAAUCUUGCUAAGUGUUUGUUUUUAUUUUUUUCUAUAAAGUAAAGUAUUGUGAAGUAAUUUAUUCUAGCACUGUCACCCCAUACCUCGCGAGCUAGCUAGUUGGACAACUAGGAAGUGACUUAUGAUAAACUUAUCAAAUCAAUAAUCAAAUCAAUCAGCAUGCAUUCAAGCCACAACAGUUGUUGUUUACCAGUUGAUAGAAAACUGGAUUGACACCUGUUAGCAAACAGUUGAGAGUCGAUGCUGAUGUUUCACCUGACAUUUGACACAUGAUUUGAUUUGACUGUCUGUAGCCAGAGCUGUGUCCGGCCUCAAACAGUAUUUGUUGUAUAAUUGUAGUAUUAGUUAUUGUCUUUCUGCCACGUUUUGUCAUUAAAAACGACUUUUUGCUCCUACAGGAGGGCUUCCUUUUAGGAGAAGUAAGGCAAGAGGAAACUGUCAACAUAUGUGAUACACAGAUCAGCAGUGCUGAACUCCUCCAAGUAGUAGGUAAGGCCUUGGAUACCCCAUUCAUAGAAGCUAACUGCUUUAGCGCCUAUUGACAAUAGUAUCUUCUGACCGUGGGGAGUUUUGUUAAAAGCCCUGACGCUUGCUCUAAACUUUAACACGCAUCGCUUGCUGUGAGUUUUUGGAAACAUAAGGAACGUAUCAUUCAUAUCAGCAACAAAUAAUUUUCAAAAAACAAAAGUUUAAAGCUGCGAUAUGGAACUUUUUGGGCGACCCGACCAAAUUCACAAAGAAAUUAGUUGUGUAUCUGUCACUCUUGUUGAAAGCAAGUCUAUGAAGUGGUCGAUCUGUUCUAUGUGCACUAUUUCUAUACUUUCCGUUCUUAAAUUUCAUCUUUGCGUCUUUUACUUUCAGUUUUGUACACCAGCUUCAAACAUCUGAAAAUACAAUAUUUUUUAUUAUGGAAAAUAUAUUUCACAGCGGUUUAGAUGGUACAAUGAUUCUCUACACUAUACUUGGUUGUUUUGUCACAUAAACUGAAAUUAGGCAAACUAUUAGAAUUUUAGCAACCAGGAAAUGGCGGAGCGAUUUCUGCAUAGUGCAGCUUUAACUUACUACACACCUUUUAUAGGGUUAGUGUUCCGACACGGCCAAAUCUCCAUGUUACAUUGCUUGUUUACAGAAGACAGACUGAAUAUAUAGCGGCUACCUGUGCUAAUUAGCUAUCUAGCGUGCUCUGAACACCUGUGUGUAAGCGUAACUGGGGAGGAAGUGUAGUUCAUCAACUGGAGGCACAGACAGCUUGUGGAUCUGUAGGUGUAUAUUUUUUGUUGUUGAAAUAUUCUUUCUUGCUUAUAUGAAAGAUAAAGGGCAUAUCAGCAUAUGUUUCGAAAACCGACUUUUCUAAACAUUGUUGUUUCGAAAACCGACUUUUCUAAACAUUAAAACACAAUGUUGGUAUUGUAGUUCACAUGGAGCCAAAAAUGGGCGAAUGUAACCACUGAAAACUUACGGAGAAGAAAGGUUUUCGAGAGCUAGGCUUUGGAUAGCCUAACUUUUUGACAUGUGAGGACUCAACUCAAAGAAACCGACCUAUUUGUUUCCAUGCUUGUCUUGACUGAAUAUGCUCCAUGUUACUGUGGAAUUCUGUCAGACUGGACUGUCAGGUUUCAGAUUAAAAGGAGUGUUUCUUGUUGUUUUUUUCUGCUUAAAAUUGAAGUCCUUUACAGCAGCUGUUCAAUAUGUUAUGUAGCUAGUCUCUGGGAAAUGUGAUUUGUACGCAAUAAUACUGUAGACUGUAGGCUAAAGUCUUAGGAUUGUAGUCAUCUCAACAACCAAAAAAGAGACUAUGCUGUUGCUACAUUUUCAGACUUUUAAAUUAAUGAUAUAUACCCAUUGAUUCUUGAAGAAUAUAACCACAUGCCUCAUAAGCUUAGUUCAGCUGUCGUACCCCAUCAGAACCCAAAAUAUGAGCUGGUUUACUCCUUUGUUUGUUAACAAUGUAAUUAUAAACAAACACUGUAUAGCCUCAAAACAUGGUUAAAACUAUAAUCUUUAUCAUGGAUGGUCAGUCCAUGUAUCCAUAGUUCUGUCCAUGACUUUGAUAUUGGUUACAUUUCUCUAGCCUCAUCCCUCCGCUGUUUACCAAAUCGGUGGCCACUUUAUUGUUCGAACUUCAGAUUACACCUUUAAAGUGUAGGAUGACAUAGACUAACAUUAUAUGAUGAAGUUUAAUAACCAUGUAUUUGCUGUGUUCUUUUUCAAAACAGAAGUCCACAAUCAUGAACCUUGUGCACAGCUAUUUAGGUAAGAUUUUAUGUUAUUUAAAAUUAUAUGGAAUUUGUUGUCUUUAAAGACAUUUUGUGACAUUAUUUUUAAUAAAACCGUAUUUGAAAUGACUGCUUGGUUUAUGUGCAAACUAUAAAAAUUAUGGGCUCGAAUAUAAUUAGCCUAGACUAGUGAUAUAUUUCAUAAAUUCAGUAUCCAAUCUGAGAGCAAGCUUUGUCUUGAUCAUGCCAUCAUGCAAAUUGUAGGCAAAAUACCGUACAGGACUUCCAUUCAACAAAUUAGUGAUGUAAUUGUCAGUGAACAGCAGGUGGCCCCACCCCACCAGAAGUCUUGAGUAAUGUAGACCUACAGUGAAAAAAUUGAUUUUUUUCCCUGCAUGUUUUCCCCCACCAGCUUUUAUGAUUAUGCUGGACAAGUCAAUGACAAGAAUCUUAAGAGAAUUCUUAAAGACAGACGGAAAGUGAGUAUUUAUUGUAGGCCUAUUUGUAUGCGCAUUAGUAGUAUUAUUGGCUAGUAGUAUCUAGCGAUAAGUUUGUACAUGUAGCUAAAACACUGUCUGUGCAUCUUCUAAAUUACCCUCUUGUACUUGACCCCCCUGUGUAGAAUGUCAUCGGCUGGUACAGGUUCAGGAGGAACACGCAGCAGCAGAUGUCGUUCAGGGAACAGAUCAUCCACAAGCAGCUGACCCAGCUCCUGGGCGUGCCCGACCUAGUCUUCCUCCUCUUCAGCUUCAUCUCCACAGCCAACAACUCCACACACGCACUGGAGUAUUUGCUGUUCAGACCCAACCACAGGUAGGACUACCCACACACAGCUAUAUGCACGCAGAACCAAACAGCAUGCACAAACAGGCUGGUGCAUAUAUUGGCGAUGCUGAACAAUCCACUCAUACAGACACACACUGUACAUGAAGUUGGCUGAUGAGCCUCCCUCCUCUGUGUUCAUUCCCACGCUGUUGCUCACCCUGUGCAGGCAGGUCAAUGUAUGUGGGAGGCGGAUCAGAGCUCGGGUCCAUCAAGUGCAGCUCUGUUGCCUUCAGUCUACAAGAGGUGUGCCAGCUUGGAAUGAAUAAUAAUUCAUUUUUGAACUGACUCACUGUCCUCACAAGGGGAAACCAAAAUCUGAAUCUGUAAUUUGAAAGUGGCCCUUUAUUUUCACCUCCUACUAAGGCAACAGAAGGACAUGGCUGUUGUCAGUGGCACAGAUUCCACAGAGGAGGAGAACAGUAGUGGCCUCUCCUUUGAGCCUUAAUGGUUGCUAGUUGUGGAGGCGCCUUGGGUGCAUUGGCAUAUAAUUUAUAGAAAGUCAGUUCAGAUAAAUCACACAUGGAUUAAACAACUAUUUCGGGUCUGGCCAUUCUAUAUGUAGGGUCAGAUGGAUUGCCCAGCGGGAGGUCUGUCUGUAGGGAUUAAAGGCUUGUGUGUUGGACUCAAACUGGGGUACUUAAAUGCUGCUAUGUCCGUGGCUCGAGGGCUCAGAGUGGGUUGGUGGAGGCCUGGAGGGAUUGUGUGUGUGGGUGGCACUGGAUAUCAGCAGAUUUCUACAGCUUCUGAACUCUCAACUAGAUCUAUUGGACCUGAGUAUCAGUCAAAGCAAUGUAGUAAAAUAUUGCUGCCCUACAUACAAGUUAAAGGUGCCCAGCCAUCAAUGGGUGUAAAGCAUGAAACACACCAAGAAUCUCACUGCCGAUAGGUACUUAUCACAGUGGGAGGCUGUUCCUUCUCUUACUAGAACGAGUGGCACCUGAUGCGUGCCGACCCGGUAGUGACGAACAUUCCAAUUCUACUUAUAGAAUCACAAUGCUCGUCAGUGGCCAACAACUUGACUUUAAGCCAAUCAGAGACAAACCCCCAUGUGGGGGAGACAACAAAAAAAAUAGGGCAUUUUCUCUGUAGGCUACAUCCACGGAUGAGCCAGUCACACUUAAUAUGCAAUGUAGGCUAUGGGAUGGUAGCUAGCUAAGUGCACAAACACAAUGCAUACAACACUAAAUACUUCUUCCAAGCUAGCUAACCACUGUAGCUAGUAUUUAUAUUAUAAUGGAUUAGCUAGUUUCCAUGAAACGGCUGUCUGUGUUGGCUGCUGAGUUAGUUAGCUAGCUAUGUUGUGCUAGCUAGUGAAUAUGCUAACGUUAGCUAGCUAGCUAAACAUUUCAAGUAUGGGUAGUUAAAGCCCAAUAUGAUUGAUACAUACUGUAUAGUGUACAUAGUCUACUACUCAAUGGGGAGGGCAUGAAAGGCAACAACAUCGGGACACAGUGCCCUUCGCUCCCGCUUGACAAACACUACUGUCCGGCAAAGGUUUGUGAAGUAGCUACCUAGUAGUGAAUAUUAGGAUGAUGGUCACAGUAAGAACACGCAUUCAACGCAUGAAGCAACAGUACACCCAUCGUGGAGGAACUUAUUCAAGAAAGAUCAAGUGUAAUAUAUUAUAAAAAUAAAGCUUACUGGAUGGAAUAUGGGGAAAAGUGCACCAAAUUAUUUGUAAUCUUCAACAUAGAAAUGCUGCCAAAAAUAAUUUACUGAAACUUGUUACAAAUGACGGAGCCACCCAUGAUUCACCAAAUUAUAUUUUGAAAGUAAAGUACUUUAAGCAUAUGUUUUAGUUUCAGUCUCCUCCAUCUCCACUAACCAACGCUAAUUGUAUGUAAUGUAAAACUAACAGCUUUACAGAAAGACUCAUGUGAAGGCCAAAUUACAGAGGAGGAACUUCUUGAUGCAAUUAAAGCCUUUGAGUCCGGGAAAACUCCAGGGCUGGAUGGCAUUCCAUUGGAGGUAUACCAAACCUUUUUUUAUAUACUCAGAGGACCGUUAUUAGCAUGUUUUAACCACUCCUAUAUAAAAUGGUAGAUUAUCAGACACUCAACAAGAAGGUCUGAUUUCAUUAUUACUGAAAGAGGAUCCAAGUGGUAAAUAUAAAGAUCCAGUCCAUUAAAAAAAUUGGAGGCCUCUUACACUUCAGUGUUGUGAUGCAAAAAUUCUAGCAAAAUGCAUAGCUCAUAGAAUUUAAAGGUAUUGUCGGAUAAUAUUCAUUCUAAUCAGACAUGUUUUUUACAUGGACAAUACAUUGGAGAUAAUAUAAGACAAGUACUGGAAACCAUAGAACACUGAAAAAUCUGGGAAACCAGGUCUGCUGUUCAUAGCUGACUUUGAAAAGGUUUUUGAUAAAGUACAACUGGAGUUUAUAUAUAAAUUCCUGGAAUAUUUCCAUUUUGGAGAAUUUGAGAAAAUGGGUUAAAGUUAUGUGUAGUAACCCUAUGUGUAAAAUAGUAAAUAAUGACUACUUCUCAAAGUUUUAAACUGUCAAGAGAAGUAAAACAAGGUUGUGCACUAUCGGCAUAUCUAUUUAGUAUUGCCGUCAAUGUUAGCUGUUAAAAUCAGAUCCAACAGUAAUAUCAAGGGGUUAGAAAUCCAGGGCUUAAAAACAAAGGUGUCAUUGAUGAUUCAUGUUUUCUUUUAAAUCCACAAUUUGGAUCCCUCCACAGUCUCAUAGAGGAACUACAUACUUUUUCUAACCUCUCUGGAUUAAAACCAAAUUAUGAUAAGUGUACUAUAUUAUGUAUUGGAUCACAAACAAAUAUAACUUUUACAUUACCGUGUAGUUUACCAAUAAAAUGCUCUGACGGUGAUGUGGACAUACUCGGUAUACAUAUCCCGAAAGAAAGAAAUUAUCUCACUCCAAUACAUUUUUAUUGCUAACAUGGAAAGGAAAAUACCUGUCUAUUUGUGGAAAUAUCACCCUGAUUUAACUCUUUAGUCAUAUCCCAGUUUACCUAUUUGCUUAUGGUAUUGCUUACACAUAGCGACCUGUUUUUUAAAUUAUAUGAUCAAAAACAUUUCCAUUUUAUUUGGAAUGGCAAGCCAGACAAAAUUAAAAGGGCCUAUUUAUAUAAUGAAUAUGAAUUCGGAGGGCAGAAAUGAUGAAAUAUUAAAGCAUUAGACCUCUCACUAAAGGCGUCAGUUAUACUUAAAUCCGAACUGGUUCUCUAGCAAAUGAGUAAGAAUGUCUCACCCCAUGUUCAAGAAUUGCCUUUUUCCCUUUUUUCAGAUUACAACCGCUCACUUUCGGUUAUUUGAAAAUGAAAUCAUCUCCAAAAUAUUGCUAUUUUUAAAACAAGCCAUAGAAAGUUGGUUGCAAUUUCAGUUUAAUCCACCAGAAAAGACAGAACAAAUAAUACAACAAAUAUUGUGGUUAAACUCAAAUAUACUAAUUGAUAAAAAAAUAACUGUUCAUUCGUUUACUCCAAUUAGGGGAGGGGUAAUAAUAAAAAAUAAUAAUAUGCCAUUUAGCAGACGCUUUUAUCCAAAGCGACUUACAGUCAUGCGUGUAUACAUAUUAUUUUUUUGUGUAUGGGUGGUCCCUGGGAUCGAACCCACUACCCUGGCGUUACAAGCGCCGUGCUCUACCAGCUGAGCUACAGAGGACCACGUAAUAGGGUUAGUGGAAAAUAACAAAGGAAAAUAUAUUUUAAAAGAUGUGUGUGUGUAUAUAUACAUGUAUGUGUAUAUGUACAGUACCAGUCAAGUUUGGACACACCUACUCAUUCCAGGGGUUUUCUUAAUUUUUACUAUUUUCUACAUUGUAGAAUAAUAUUGAAGACAUCAAAACUGAAAUAACACAUAUGGAAUCAUGUGGUAACCAAAAAGGUGUUAAACAAAUCAAAAUAUAUUUUAUAUUUGAGAUUCUUCAAAUGGCCACCCUUUGCCUUGAUGACAGCUUUGCACACACUUGGCAUUCUCUUAACCAGCUUCUUGAGGUAGUCACCUGGAAUGCAUUUCAAUUAACAGGUGUUAAUUGUGGAAUUUCUUUCCUUCUUAAUGCGUUUGAGCCAAUCAGUUGUGUUGUGACAAGGUAGGGGUGGUAUACAGAAGAUUGCCCUAUUUGGUAAAAGACCAAGUCCAUAUUAUGGCAAGAACAGCUCAAAUAAGCAAAGCGAAAUGACAGUCCAUCAUUACUUUAAGACAUGAAGGUCAAUCAAUACGGAACAUUUCAAGAACUUUGAAUGUUUCUUCAAGUGCAGCCGCAAAAGCCAUCAAGCGUUAUGAUGAAACUGGCUCUCAUGAGGACCGCCACAGGAAAGGAAGACCCAGAGUUACCUCUGCUGCAGAGGAAAAGUUCAUUAGAGUUACCAGCCUCAGAAAUCGGCAAUUAACUGCAUCUCAGAUUGCAGCCCAAAUAAAUGCUUCACUGAGUUCAAGUCACAGAAACAUCUCAACAUCAACUGUUCAGAGGAGACUGCGUGAAUCAGUCCUUCAUGAUCGAAUUGCUGCAAAAAAAAACACUACUAAACGACACCAAUAAGAAGAAGAGACUUGCUUGGGCCAAGAAACACGAGCAAUGGACAUUAGACCGGUGGAAAUCUGUCCUUUGGUCUGAUGAGUCCAAAUUUGAGAUUUUUGGUUCCAACCGCCGUGUCUUUGUGAGACACAGAGUAGGUGAACGGAUGAUCUCCGUAUAUGUGGUUCCCACCGUGAAGAAUGGAGGAGGAGGUGUGAUGUUGUGGUGGUGCUUUGCGGGUGACACUGUCAGUUAUUUAUUUAGAAUUCAAGGCACACUUAACCAGCAUGGCUACCACAGCAUUCUGCAGCGAUACGCCAGUCCCACUAAGCCCAAACCAGAUGGGAUAUCAUUUGAUUUUUAACAGGACAAUGACCCAAAACACACCUACAGGCUGUGUAAGGGCUAUUUGACAAAGAAGGAGAGUGAUGGAGUGCUGCAUCAGAUGACCUGUCCUCCACAAUCACCCAACCUCAAUCCAAUUGAGAUGGUUUGGGGUGAGUUGGACCGCAGAGUGACGGAAAAGCAGCCAACAAGUGCUCAGAAUAUGUGGGAACUCCUUCAAGACUGUUGAAAAAGCAUUCCAGGUGACUAUCUCAUGAAGCUGGUUGAGAGAAUGCCAAGAGUGUGCAAAGCUGUCAAGGCAAAGGGCUACUUUGAAGAAUCUCAAAUAUAAAAUAUAUUGUGAUUUGUUUAGCACUUUCUUGGUUACUACAUGAUUCCAUAUGUGUUAUUUCAUAGUUUUGAUGUCUUCACUAUUAUUCUACAAUGUAGAAAAUAGUAAAAAUAAAGAAAAAAACUUUAGGAGCUGUGUCAACUUUUGACUGGUACUGUAUACUUACAAAAAAUAUAUGGGGUUUGGAAAUGAUGCGGUGGUCCUCUGUAGCUCAGCUGGUAGAGCACGGCGCUUGUAACGCCAAGGUAGUGGGUUCGAUCCCCGGGACCACCCAUACACAAAAAAAAAUUAAUUAUGCACGCAUGACUGUAAGUCGCUUUGGAUAAAAGCGUCUGCUAAAUGGCAUAUUAUAUUAUAUUAUAUUAUUAUAUUAUAUUAUAUUAUAUUAUACAUUCUAUCUGCAAUAUUAAAGCUGAUCUCCCCCCCCCUCCAAUACUUUUAAUCAAAUACAAACGGCAAUUUUAUAACUGAAAAUGUACAAUUAUUUGUGUAAAACUAAAAGUGAAAUAUGACUCGGACUCAUCCUCUCACUUCAAAACAGAAGUCCAAACUCUUGCGGUACGGUAGCUCAAUGUACGGCAGUUGCCUGGUAAGAAACUGAAUUUUAAAAAACACAGCUCAAUCAAAACAGUCUAACCUAUAGCAGAGCGCUUUCAACAUACCCACUCCUUUCCACACGCCCACUACUUUCCUUUUGACACACCCACUAGCACAUACUCCGGUCGCCAUAUUGGGAGGCAGCUACCCCCUUCUCAAACAUUUUGCUAUAGUCUGGCACUGGCAGUACGGGAUUAUGGAGAGUGAAUUAAAUUGUUUCUUCGUCAUCUUGCUAGAUAGUAAUCUAGCUGUGGCCAUCUGGCUAGUAUCAACAAGGGCUUUCUACAAAAUAGCAACAUUAGCGCAGAUAGCUUGGAAUUUAGACCAUAAGCAAUAUGCACGGAUAUGCAUUGCCAAACAACGCUACUGCCGCGUCUGGUUUGGAGUAUUUAAACAAGGCUGAGUGGCUAACGACUUCCAGGUCUUUGCUGUGUGAACACAAAAGAUGACUGCCGACACUCUGUUCAGAGGUGCUAAGUACUGUCGGCAGGCAAACGUUUGACAAUCCAACCGGUGUGUCUGAGCUUUAAGGGUAUUUUGGGCUAGACUGCCUGUAGUGUAUUAUCAGACUAACUCUGGUUCCACCCAGCAGGUACAACCAAAGGGUGACCCUCCACAUCCCCAACCUGGGCACCACCAGCCAGCAGGAAUACAAAGUCUCCUCUGUCCCCAACACCUCACUCAACUAUGCCAAGGUCAUCAAAGAGCACGGGUGAGUGUCUCCCACAUAUAGGCCCUGUCAAGUAGUUAAUUUUUUUGUAUUGAGAAUCAUGUGUUGAUGGAAAUGGGAUGUGCUGUAUGUUUUGCAGGGCUGAAUUCUUUGACAAAGACGGUGUGAUGAAGGAUAUCAGAACAAUUUUUCAAGUCUACGGUGCACUACAAGAUAGAGUGCAAGUGAGUUUACUGCAUGCAAAUGUGCUAUUCAUACCCUUCAAGUGACAUACUAUACUUGGAUAAAAAUUAAUGUGGUGUUUUGGUUGACACCAUAGCUACAGUGCAUUUGGAAAGUAUUCAGACCCCUUUACUUUUUCCACAGUUUGUUACGUUACAGCCUUUUUCUAAAAUGGAUUAAAUACAAAUAUAUCCUCAUCAAUCUACACACAGUAUUCCAUAAUGACAAAGUGAAAACAGGUUUUUAGAAAUGUUUGCGAAUGUAUAAAAUAAAAUAAACUGAUACCUUAUUUAGAUAAAUAUUCAGACCCUUUGCUAUAAGACUCGAAAUUGAGCUCAGGUGCAUCCUGUUUCCAUUGAUCAUCCUUGAACUGUUUCUACAACUUGAUUGGAGUCCACAUGAUUUGGAAAGGCACACACCUGUCUAUAUAAGGUCCCACAGUUGACAGUGCAAUUUCAGAGCAAAAACCAAGCCAUAAGGUCGAAGGAAUUGUCCGUAGAGCUCCGAGACAGGAUUGUGUCCAAAACAUUUCUGCAGCAUUGAAGGUCCCCAAGAACACAGUGGCCUCCAUCAUUCUUAAAUGGAAUAAGUUUGGAACCACCAAGACUCUUCCUAGAGCUGGCCGCCCUACCAAACUGAGAAAUCGGGGGAGAAGGGCCUUGGUCAGGGAGGUGUCCAAGAAAACGAUGGUCACUCUGACAGAGCUCCAGAGUUCCUCUGUGGAGAUGGGAGAACCUUCCAGAAGGACAACCAUCUCUGCAGCACUCCACCAAUCAGGCCUUUAUGGUAGAGUGGCCAGAUGGAAGCCACUCCUCAGUAAAAGGCACAUGACAGCCUGCUUGGAGUUUGCCAAAAGGCACAUAAAGGACUCUCAGACCAUGAGAAAGAAGUUUCUCUGGUCUGAUGAAACCAAGAUGUAACUCUUUGGCCUGAAUGCCAAGCGUCACAUCUGGAGGAAACCUGCCACCAUCCCUACGGUGAAGCAUGGUGGUGGCAGCAUCAUGCUGUGGGGAUGUUGUUCAGCGACAGGGACUGGGAGACUAGUCAGGAUCGAGGGAACGAUGAACGGAGCAAAGUACAGAGAGAUCCUUGAUGAAAACCUGCUCCAGAGCGCUCAGGACCUCAGACUGGGGCGAAGGUUCACCUUCCAACAGGACAACGGCCAUAAGCACACAGCCAAGACAAUGCAGGCUUCGGGACAAGUAUCUGAAAUCCAUAGAUUAGGGCCUAAUGAAUUUAUUUCAACUGACUGAUUUCCUUAUAUGAACUGUAACUCAGUAAAAUCUUUGAAAUUAUUGUAUGUUACGUUUAUAUUUUUGUUCAGUAUAAAUAAAUAGUGGUAUGAUUCUUGAUUGCUUUUUCAGGCUGUAUGUGGAGAGGUAGAGCAGAGUGAACGCGUGAAAGAGAAAGUCCAGGAGGAGGUGAACAAACUCAAACAGCAAAUUGCUCUCAGGAAACGAAAAUCUGCGGAGGCGGAGAGAAGUAUGUAACUUAAUUGGGUUUGAAUUUGACUGCUCUGACCAUCUCAUUCUCUCUUGAAAUUGAUUAAUGUAUCAAUUAUCCUCUCCCUGUAACCAUAUCUGGGGAGGUGUUUUACGUGGUAUUAAGCAAAUAUAUUUAAUUUCUUUAAGAAACCAGGACGUUCUUUGUUUCUUAUUGACCCGCCGUUUAAUCUUAGCCUGGUUGUCUAUUCCUUUACUUUAGGACUCCCUGAACCAUGUCCUACUCCUGAGGAGAACUCUGAGCCCCCGGAGACCUCCCUCCUGUCCAGGGUGGUUUUCCACACCCCAUCCACCCCCGAGCGGCCUGGUCCCUCUGCAAAUCCCCCUUCCUACGCAGACCUCCUCUCCUUGCAGGAUGACUCGCUCCUCCCCUCCUCGUCCUCCCCUACCAGUGCUGCGCUGCUUCCCCGUCCCCAAGCUGUGGGCUCUCCAGGCCACCCUUCUCCCAGUCCUCUGGGUCUGGGCCUCAGUGCGGGCCCCAGCCCUGGUCCUAGCCCCAGUACGCCCUACCUGGGGAACGGGGACGGAUCCAGCUCUGACUCCCUGGACAGAGAGGCUGCAGGGCAAGAGGAUGAUGAUGAUGAUGAUGAGGACAGCAGUGAGUAUGAGAACCUUGUGAGCGAGGUGGCACAGUUGCCCCUGGUUACUGCCAGUGUGUUGGCGCAGGGCCACCCAGCUGCCCUCAGUCCAGAUGGCGAUGCCUCAGUCUGUGGCUCACAGACUUCGUAG